CAAAGACCUAAAUACCCACGUACGUAACACGUUCCUUGCAUCUUCUCUUUUCUUCUCUUCUGGCGACCACCAUCCAAGCAAAUCAACUGCCGAUUCCAAGCAAAAUUUCGAUCACAACCAGGUAGCCUAUGGAUCCUGACGAUCAGAUUAUGGUUUUCAUUCUCCUUUGUUGGUAUUGGGACUCAAAAAGAAAAAGAAAUGAAAAGAUAAGAGACCUGAAUUCGGCAUUGACUGGUCAUGCAUACACACAAGAAUUGUUGCAUGGAUCUUCUACACAGUGUCAUGAGUUGAUGCGUCUUUCACGUGAUGCGUUUGUACUAUUGUGCAAUCAUUUUAAAGAAAAAAAUUGGUUGAAAAGUAGUAGGUCAAUAAGUUUUGAAGAAAAGUUGGCUAUGUUUUUAACAGUCAUAGGCCAUAAUGAACGUUUUCGAAUGGUUAAACGAAGGUUUCAGCACUCAACAGAAACAAUUCAUAGAUGUUUUCAUGAGGUCCUAAAUGCAAUGAUGAGUUUUGCAAGAGAAGUUAUAAAUCCAACAUCUUCUAAUGCAAUUGCAAAUACCUCAGAACGACAUAGAAAGCUAAAACAAAUAUUCCCUGGAGCAAUAGGUGCGCUAGAUGGAACUCUUGUACAUGCAGUCGUGCCUGUUGAUCAACAGACUUGUUAUAGGGGAAGAGGAAAGGGUGAAUGCUUUCAGAAUGUCUUAGCAAUUUGUGAUUUUGAUAUAAUAUUCACGUUUGUAUGGGCCGGAUGGGAGGGGAUUGCACAUGAUUCACGAGUUUUAAAAGAAGUAGCAUUUAACCCGACUUCCGGGUUUUCCUUCCCCCCACCAGAUAAAUAUUAUCUUUGUGACGCUGCAUACACCAACACUCGUGGAUUUAUGACUCCCUACCGUAAUACGAGAUAUUGGUUAGCCGAUUUUCGACGACAACGUGCGUUAACUAAGGAAGAAAAAUUCAAUCAUGCCCAUGCACAACUCAGAAAUGUUAUUGAGCGUUCAUAUGGUGUUUUGAAGGCUCCCAAUCCUAAAGCAAAUGGCCCCCUUUUCUUUUCCAAUCCAAAGGGACAUAGUGAUCGCCUGUUUCGCCGUCCAUAAUUUUAUAAGGAAAUGAAAUAUUCGUGAUCAAUUAUUUGUGGAGUAUGGCGAGAACACUGUGUUUUCUGAAAUACAAGGUGGAGAAAAUGUUGGGCAGUUCGUUCACGACAUAGAAUGGGGUUCACAAGACAUCGAGUAUAUGACUACUUUGCGUAACCAGAUAGCUAGUCAACUAAUUUGAAAUGUUUAAAA